ACAUUACCAAAGGGAGCAUCCAAGUGACAGCUGUCCGUCCAGGACCCACCUCCCCUAGAACAACAAAACAGCAAAUCAUCACGUCGCAUCAAGAUCCCGUUUUCCGUUUCUCGUUUUGCCGGAUUUUAGCAACGAAAUCGCUUAAUUAUGGAAUCCUCAAUUAAAGUGACGCCGAAGAUGCCGUCGACGUUCAACGAUUUCCCGGGACACUUGGCUCCGCGGGACGAGAGCUGCGUCGCGCAAAUUCAGACCGUUCACCCGCUGAAACAUUCGGAAGAAAAUUACAAUCAGCAUCGCCACAACCUCAACAUGCAGAUGCUGCGCCAGCGGGAAGGUUUGGCGGCUCCGCUGAAGCUGACGAUGGAGCUGAAGGCGGUCUCGAAGGUUGGUCAUCUACCGUUCCUUCCUUCUACAAAUAUCGCUCGUGAUGUUCUUACUGGUCGCGACGAAAUGAUCGAAUUUUCGGACAUUUUCAACACUCCAGAUCAUCAAGAGAUCAUUCGUCAACCGCACGCUGUUAUGGAGAAGGUAUUGGGUAUCUGAAUUUAUUAACUGAGAAGGUACAGAAAGGAGCGCGAAUAAAUCUUCUCCUAAUUCUUAACUAAAGAUUCAUUUGUGUU